AUGUUCACUUCUGGACCCAUGGUGCCAUUGGGAAUUUCGUCGUCAAGGAGCCGAUGGCUACCCGACCAUGUAACCUUCGAAGAAGGAGCUCUCUUGGAGCCGCUUUCCGUAGCCGUGCAUGCAUGUCGAAGAUCUGGACUGCAGAUGGGACAGCGUGUUUUGGUACAAGGAGCAGGUUCUAUCGGCAUGCUCUGUAUGAUGACAGCGAGAACAAUGGGGGCUUCCGAAGUCGUCAUCACAGACCUGAACCAGGACCGACUGGAUCUGGCCAGGAGACUAGGAACUGAACAUGCAAUUUGUGUUGAAGGGAAAUCGCCUGCCCAGGUGCGACAGGCCGUUACCGAAGCCUUGGCAAGUGAGCCUGACGUCACCUUGGAAUGCACCGGAGUACAGCCGUCUAUAGAGUCUGCGAUUCUGAGUACUCGUUCGGGAGGUGUGGUAGUGCUGGUUGGAUUGGGAGAGUCAAGAAAAGAACUUCCUGUGGUAGAUGCUGCACUUCGAGAGGUCGAUAUCAGAGGUGUACUUAGAUAUGUGAAUUGUUACCCGACUUCCCUUGACCUUGUGGCAUCUCGGAAAAUCGACCUUAUCUGGACUAACGAGAGCUCUUUAUACCCUGGACGAAGCCCUGGACGCCUUCAAGCGAUCUCAGAAAGGUGA